UUUUGCUCGGCUUUUCUCGGAGAGGACGGGCGACGAUGUUUUCAAAAGCGGAGCUGAACGUCAUGAAGCCGUAGGCUACGGUUAACGUCCAACAUUUAGGAAACAACCGUUUUUAGCUUACGCAACAUACUCGCACAGUCGAACCCGGAUGAGUCGACAGGAACGUAUAAAACGGGUGCAUGAUGAACUUGUUGUGGUGUGGCUGUCGUAGCUAGUUGGCUGCUGCACCAUGGCCAAACCUGGAACGGACAGAGAUGGAGCCAUGGUGGAUAAGCAGGCAGGGAAGAAGUGCAAAGACAAGUUAUCCGCUUACACCAAACCUCUGAAGCUGGACCGGAGUGAACUGCUGGGGAAGGAGGGGAAAGCCAAGUCUUCCAUGAAGCGCAAGCUUUCUUUCACUACCAGUCCACCCCGGACAGACGACCGAGACUCGGACACCGAUGACUCAGACCCAGGCCAGUCGAGUGAGACCUGGGCAGAGAGAUUAGUGCAUCCCUGCAGGAUAUACGCAGAUAAAGAUGGACCUGACAAGAAGAAGGUGAAAAAGGAGUCUGGGGUGAAGAAAUCGCAGGCUCCCAACCUUUUGUUUGGGUAUCCUCUGUCUGAGCGGAAACAGAUGGCUCUCCUCAUGCAGAUGACUGCAAACAGUCCAGACUCUACUCCCAGUCACCCCUUACAAACAACCCCCGUGCAGAAGAAAGUCCCCAGUAGCGCCUCAUCUAGACAGAAGGACAAGGUCAACAAAAGAAAUGAGCGAGGGGAGACGCCCCUUCACAUGGCAGCCAUUCGGGGAGACGUGAAGCAAGUCAAAGAACUCAUCAGUCUGGGAGCUGAUGUCAAUGUCAAAGACUUUGCAGGAUGGACUCCUCUUCAUGAAGCCUGUAAUCUUGGGUACUAUGAUGUAGCCAAGGUCUUAAUAGCAGCAGGUGCGGAGGUGAACACUCAAGGUCUGGAUGAUGACACGCCGCUUCAUGAUGCAUCCAGUAGCGGGCAUAAAGAUAUUGUGAAACUGCUGCUUUGUCACGGCGGUGACGCCUUCCAAGCCAACAAACGCGGAGAGCGACCGGUGGACGUGGUGGACUCCCAGGAGCUGGAACAGCUUUUGAAGGGAGAAGCAGCGCUGUCUGAUCAGGAUGACAGCUCUUCUGACUCUGAAGGCCCACCCUCUGUCAAUCCAUCCAGCCUGGACGACAACAUGGAAGACUCUGAUAUGGAAAAGGAUUUCGAUGGCAAAGUACCAACAAAAGUGUCACCCUCAGUACCAGGGCUGGACGAGUACGAGUUUAAGGACGAGGAAGAGGAGGUGGAUCUCAGUGAAGCCCUCAGUGACAGACACAUCCUCCGGAGAGAGUUGCGUCAGAGGGAGAAGGAGGACAAAGAUAGGAAUCAUGUGGCGGGAAAGCAGAGCGGUAAGGCGGAUUCCUCCUCCAGGCCCAAAAAGCAAAAGACUUCACGUGUCCACUGCAGUACAGAUACCUCAAGCGACGAAGCGGAGAGCUUUUCAGAGAAAACGAACUCGCCCACGUGCUCCCAGAACUCAGAGAGUCUUAAGCUGGAAUCUCGAUUUAAAAAGGACAGUGCAGAUCAGAAAGACAAGGGCAAAGUUAAGAAGAAGAGCAAAAGCCAUAAUAAAAACAAGGAAAACCAAGAAGAUGGGAAAGAGAACAGCAAAGCCCUGGUUUUGUCUCUUACUGCUGUGUCUGAGAGCACAGAAAAGAGUCGGGACGAAGACUCCUUUAAAAUGUCAUUUAGUCCAAAGGAUGACUCGUCUGUCCACCUGUUCCAUUUAUCAUCCAUUAAAUCUCCCAAACUGAACCACAGCCUGUCUGAUAAACAAACACCACUGAAGCAAGAAAACGCCAAGAUGUGCAUCUCCAUCAGUGACGGCUCGUGCCCGGUGGACAGUAUCAAGUACAACCACUACACAGAAGCAGAGUACUGCACUGAAGCUUCCAGCACCAAGGGCUGCAAGCAUAAGGAAAAGAGCAAACACCAACAGAAAGACUCCAGUGUCGACCGAGAUGACGGACACUUGAGCCCUUACAAAGACGCUAACAAGGGAAACUGUAUCGACACUGCUGAAGUUGCCUUACGAAAAACCGACAUGGAUGGCAAAGUCCUAAAGAAGCAUAAACUUAAACACAAGGCGAAAGACAAACACAGGAGGGAGUACGAGGCUGAGCGGAGCCGCCACAGGCAGAAGGAACCCAGGAGAGACGGCCACAGGAAUGUGGAGUUUGACAGAGAGUUCUGGAAAGAAAACUUUUUCAAAAGUGAUGAGACAGAUGAGCCUCUGCCAGUGAAAAGAGAAGGUGAAGACCACAGCUCAGUUCAGAAGACAUCUGACUGCAGUCUAGUCAAGGACGAGAGAAGCUUAAAAGACAAACAUUCUACCAGCAAAGAAAAGAGGCUGAAAGACGAGCGAGAGAAAGACAAGGCCGUGAAAAAAGACCGGAAGGAAUCCGUUGGUAAAGAGCGUGAGGAGCGAGUGGACUGUCAUGGCUCUGGGCGGAUUCCAGAGGAGCCACUGCAGAGCAGUGACGUGAAAGAAGAGGCAGAAGACAAACCCAUAAGUGGAAUCACAGCUGAUCAAGAACAACUGGAACCCUCUGAAAAGGGAACACGUGAGAAAGCUGACAAGAGGCUCCCAGGAAAGGAAAAAGAUUUUGAAAAACUUGAGAAGAGGCAUUCCGACAAGGAAAAAAAGGUUAAAACGGAACACUCAGAACCACAGAAUUCACUGGAUCGCUGGAGGGAAAGGGAAAGAACAGGGGCCCUUUCUUCCCAUUCACCCGGAGAUAAAAACUGCAAAGAGAAUGACAGAAUGAAACCAUUAUCUACCACGAAAAGGCAUGAAGACUGCCGGAAAAACAAAGAUAAGUUAGACAAACGGCCUGAGAGAGAAUAUGUUGGCGAUCACAGAGAAAAAGAUCGAGCAAACUGUGAGAGGAAAGUAAAGCCUCUGGAGAAGAUCACAGAUUAUAGUAAAGCUGACCGUUCCAAAGAAAAGGACUGCGAUAGAAAAAAGAAAGACAAAAUAAAAGAUGGAGCCCUUUCCUCAAGUUCAAAUCUGAAGUUGCUCUUGGAAGAAAAGAAGAGCUAUUUGACAGAGAGCAGUAAGUUCUUAUCGAUAAAAUCAAAGGAGGAAGUGAAACUGCUGGAGAAGGACCGUGAUCGCCGUGAGCGUGACAGAGACGCAGACAGGCACAAGGAUAAGGACAGACACAAAGACCGCUCACAUCAGGCUAAGAUCAGCAAGCCUAAAAACAGUGAACCAGAUGUAGACAAGAUCAAGUCAAAAGCCUUGCUGGUGCCCCGAGAUACCAAGCCCAAAGAAAAAAGACUCGUAAACGACGACCUGAUGCAAACUAGCUUUGAGCGAAUGCUCAGUCUGAAGGAUCAGGAAAUUGAGCAGUGGCACCGGAAACACCUGGAGAAAAUCAAACAAAAAGAGCGGGAAAGGCUAAAACACCGGCCGUUGACUGAGUCGGGCAAGGCUAAGACGAAAGACCGAAUGAAAGCGGAGCCAUGCCUCAGCAAAGAGCUGCUACGCUCUAAAAGCUCCGAAGCCUCUGAAGUAUACGCCAGAGAAAAGCCCCCAAAGGAUAGCACGAGUCUCAGAACUUUAUCACUUGAUGGGAAAACCCUCCCACCAAUUGGUGCAAAGGUUAUGUCGGCUGUGGAAAACUGUCUGAACCGAUCACCCAGGCCAGAUGGCGAACGGUGCGGUCUCAUGUCCAGGUCGCUGUCUUUCGUUUCUGUUGCUAGCUCAGAGGAUUCCUGUCACGCGACGACAUUAACGCCAAGGCACGGGGAGUACGACUCUGACAUGAACCUAGAAGCCUCAGAAUCCCAUCCAGCCUUCCUCCAGUCUUCCCUCGUCAUCCAAGCGUCCAGGUCCCAGUGUCUUCAUGAUAAAGAUUGCAGCAGUCUUCCAGAUAUGCUGCCAAUUCGAGCGCCGUUGUCUGGCAGACAUGACUCUCCUUACCUCAGGGCUAUUCUGGAUGAGGAUGGAACCUCCUUCACUGAAGGUAAAGCUGUCGAGGAGCCGCCAAAACUUGUUGUACCCACUACGAUAACAGAGGAGUUGAGAACAAGAGAGUCCACCACAGAAACUGAGGAGAGCUGUCAAAAUGCAUCUCAGCAAUGUUCAGAAUCAGAUGUUGAUUCAGUCAAAGAGAGAGAAGUGAGCGCUACAGAUGGUCUGUCACAGAAUUUAAACGGAGAUCAUGUGACUCUUCCACAGUCCAGCCUCCCCCAGCAUAGAGGUCCUCAGACAGGGUCAGCAGAGCAGGACGAACCUCCUUUCACUAAUCCUCCUGCUUUGAGAGAAGCCCAGUGCCUCACUGAGAGUACGAGCUCUGAGGUCACAUGUCAUAAUAAAGACUCUGAUUCAGCAUCGGUUUCUGUAGCUUCUUUGCCAGCAGAUCUGUCACCUUGCUCAAAGACCUUCCACCGGUAUUCUGGCCAACUGAGGGACCCGCUGCCUUUUGUUUGCGUGGAACCCUUGCAACAUGUUGAAAAUGGUACAGCACGGGUUUGUGAUAUUAAAGAAAAACGUAUGGAGUGUGUCACAAAUGACUUUGAUACAGCAGAACAAGACAAUGUGGACAGUGUUCCAGAAAACUUCAGAAAAGAUGUUGUAGGAAGCCCUGCAGCAUCGGGCAGUGCCCAUAUUUCCACAGUCAACCCAGAAGAACUCUUGCCAGACUUUGACCAAACAGGCAUCGAAUUCAAAGGUUCUCCAGAGGAUAAUGUGGUAAAUAACCAUGAUGGAAACCCGUUCAGAUCUUCCAGUGAUGCAGCAGGCCCGUGUUGCGAUCCUCCAAUAGAGAAGAAGGACCACAUGUCCCCUGUGUGUGUCCCUGUGCUCUCCUGCCUGAGCCCUGAACACAAGGCUGAAGACAUUACCUUUAUCUCACAGAACACCGAGAACGAUAGUGCGGAUGGCACCACCUCUGCGACAACCGAGAGUACCUCAGGUGAGGGCAGCCCAUGUACAGAGUGCUCUCUUGAUACAACAACAGAGGCCAGCUCCAGGCCAAUGACAGUGUUCCUUGCUGACGAGAAGUCAGAAUCAUCUUCAGCUGGAGGAGAUGAAAGUUCUGGCCAGUCAGUAUCAGCUCAGGCAGACCUAAGCAGCAAUGCUUCAAGGAGCUCAACUCCACAGUCUGGAGACCGUGAAUCUGACUCCUCUGGGUCCAAGAUCAAGGUCCACGCCACAGAUGAGCACUUAGACCACCAUGUCCCCCAUCCACGCAAGCGGAAGAUGACCAAGGUGUCAACCUCACAGGCUUGUUUCAUUUCUCAUCAAGAGAAGGAGAGAAGCCAGCAAUCUCUUGCAGCUAUUGUGGACUCUAUUAAACUAGAGGAAAUACAACCCUACCAGACGGAGAGGGCUAAUCCCUACUACGAAUUUCUGCACAUACGAAAGAAGAUUGAAGAGAAGCGCAAAAUUUUGUGCAGCGUCACACCCCAGCCACCACAGUAUUAUGAUGAAUAUGUGACCUUUAACGGAUCCUACCUGUUAGAUGGGAACCCACUCAGCAAGCUCUGUAUUCCCACAAUAACUCCACCUCCAUCGUUACCUGAGCAGCUAAAAGAGAUGUUCAAACAACAAGAGGUCGUCCGUAUGAAACUCCGACUACAGCACAGCAUCGAAAGGGAAAAGCUGAUUGUUUCAAACGAACAAGAAGUCUUAAGAGUCCAUUACCGUGCUGCAAGAACACUAGCCAAUCAGACUCUGCCUUUCAGUGCCUGUACUGUUUUAUUGGACGCUGAAGUGUACAACAUGCCUCAAGAUGUUCAGAGUGACGAUGGUAAAACUUCAGUGAGAGAUCGUUUCAAUGCCCGACAGUUUAUGUCAUGGCUACAGGAUGUUGACGACAAGUUUGACAAACUAAAGACGUGUCUUCUGAUGAGACAGCAGCACGAGGCGGCAGCUCUCAAUGCCGUCCAACGGCUGGAGUGGCAGCUCAAGCUGCAGGAGCUCGACCCGGCCACGUACAAGUCCACCAGCAUCUUUGAGAUUCCAGAGUUCUACAUCCCGCUCGUGGAGGUCAAUGACGACUUUGACCUCACUCCUAUAUGAGCUGUAGGACUGAAGCGCCGCAGCGGCCGUCACCGACAGAAGAGUCAAUUCGCACUUUCACCGAAAUGGGGGGGGGGAAUAAAUAUGAGGCACUUAGCAAGUGGUGAAAUACAACAGAGUACUUAAGGAGAGAGAUGUUUCCUUCUGGAGCUGUGGCUUUGGGGCGUGUCCACCACGAGGAUGGGGGGCCCUUGCUGGUGGAGUGUUCUGUACCUGGUACAGGCGGCACCGGGGUCCAGGCCACGAAAACGAAGUACAGGAAACAAGACCCCAAAGGCUGGGCCGGACGGUGCCGGGAGCCGGAGACGCUCCGUCCCGCCGCUGCUCCUCACCAAGCAGGGUCCUACGAAGGAAAACCUUCAAAAUGUCGUCAAAGUCCAUGUUCAUAUGUUGUGUACAGACUGUGUGCUUAAUUUUUUUUUAACUUAUUUUAUACAUAUGAUCUGUGCAUUUGUACAUAGUCAUGUAAUUACUGUUCGAAAGUUGUAAAAAACAAAUUAAGAUAUUUUGAUUGUAAACUUGCUCUCUUUUAUGUUUUAAUGGACCAAAGUUGCGUUUUUAUAUUGCGUGUCCUCUGUGAUGUUAAUGUCGUUAUUGGCUUAAUAAUUAAGCAUGUGUUGCUGGAUUUUCUUCUUUUUUUUUUUUUUUUUGUUCUGUUUUUGUUUGUUUCUCCCUCAUCUGGAGUUCCGCACCACAGCUUGGUGUUUUUUGACUUUAGCAAUUAAAUGCUGUGCAUGCGUUGCAUUGUUCGUACUCUUUUCCUAAACAGCUGUACUGUGGACAAAUGUUAAAAAAGGAAAAAAAAAAACUGUUUAUUGAAGUGUUUUAGCUUUCUGUUCCUCUUGUUUUCUGGUCCUUUCUGCAGCCUGACUCUUCAUGUGUUGUCCAUUGUGUCUCGUGCACAUUAAAGUCUGUUGUGGCUUCCUGAAAAGAAAACUUUUACAGUUUCAAUGUGAGAACACAACAAAACCUAUUUUUCCAACAUAAUGCCUUUUGAACGAUAGUUCUAAAAAAAAAAAUGUCUAUUUUAAUAUUUACUUGUUACACAACUUGUAUAUAUUUGUAUAUAUAUAAUUGAAUAAAUUUUAUUUGUUGUGAAAU